UAAUGGGCAGCGGCCAGAGCAUGAAUCAUAGUCCUGGAGACAUGAUGGAUCACCACCAAUACCCUGAUAUGAACAUGAUCUUCAAAGGAAUCCCAAAAAUGAUUCAGGUCGCAGAUGACAUGCACAGAAUGACAGAUUAUAUAAUGGAUCUUCGUAACCUGACAAUUGCUGUUUUAGCUAUUUCUGUCUUUGGACUGAUUUGCUUUAUGAUUUUAAAGAUUGUGCACAACAAAAGUUCAAGGCGAAAGCGCCGCUCGAUACAACGACAGAUAGAAGAAGGAUAUCCACCAGCUGCCCCGAGAUACUAUUACUCUUCGCAGUAUGCUCCAGAACCAUGGGACCGACCAAAACACACAUACAGUCCAUCCAUUGAAGAGAAGAAACAACUGGAAUGCAGGAACAGCAGUCCGGAGUUCAAAGGAAACGGUUCUGUCAAUUACAAGCCAUACACGAAUGAGUCAACGGAGAUGUCACCGGAAAAUGAGAAGAAAACGUCAUUGAGCAACGAUAUGUCACAUCGGGGAGCUACAACCGCCAGUGUACCAAAGAGGUCACUAGAUCCAGUCAAGUUAGUGGUCGGUGAUCUUCCAUAUGUUGAUUCGUCAUGAUUUGCUCAAAUUUUCAAGUGAUCAAGUUUGAAAAUUGUUCGAAAAACUCUCAUUUUUAUGUUCUGUCAUUUUGUUUUACCGUUUUUUUUAGUAAUAUAUAUAAACUGAAACCCUCAAUCCUGAUGAUGCCAAAAUUUGUUUUUGUAUUGAUUUUUAUUGAAUAAACGUUGAUGUACGUUU